AUGGAUCUGCUUGGCCCCUUUCCGACGUCGACGUACGGGAACAAGUGGAUAGCGGUGGCAACAGACUACCUGACACGCUACGCCGAGACAACGCCAUUACCGUCCGGCAGUGCAACCGAGGUCGCUAGCUUCCUCGUGAACAUCGUGCUCCGUCAUGACGCACCCGAGGUCCUUAUCACCGACAGAGGUACGAUAUUCAAUGCAGACCUCACGCAGCAGAUCCUACGCUUGAGCCACACUAUGCAUCGUCGAACCACGGCCUACCACCCGCAGACAAACGGCCUCACAGAGCGUUUGAAGAAGACACUCGCCGACAUGCUCGCUAUGUACGCCGACGUCGAGCACAAGACUUCUGACGAAAUUCUCCCCCCUGUAGCGACCAUACUGGAUGCGAUGCUGCCGCACGUCGCCCACGAGAGCAUCCACGCUGACGUCGCCGGCUUCCUUCAACGCGCCGAGGAAGUCCGCCAGCUCGCUCGAACGCGCGUCAAAGAGCAGCAGCACACUGACGCCCGAUUCUACAACCUCCGACGACGACACCUAGAGUACGCACCCGGUGAUAGCGUUAUGGUUUGGACACUGAUUGGCCGCCGGGGGCUGACGGAGAAGCUCCUGCGCUACAAGAUAACCCGACGACUCGGGCCACUAGUCCACGAAAUUGUCCCUGAUGGUGUCACACAAUCGCAAGUCCGCGCCGUACGCCUCAAGAAGUUCUUUGAACGUUAG